AUGGUUAUGACGUGCGCUGCAUCGUUUUGCUACAACAAGAGUGGACAGAAACAAUCCAAGGUUUCGUUUUUCAGGUUUCCGAAGAACGUUGAUGAGUGUAAUCAAUGGGCAUCCUUAAUUGGUCGGAAUGACCUGGUAAAUUGCAAUGUUCAGUUUCAAAGAGUGUGUUCCGAACAUUUUGAAGCUACAUGCUUUACAUCUUCAUCGGUGGGACGACAGCAAGUGCGUCUUAUCAGUGGUGCUAUGCCCUCAAAGAAGAAGCAAAGCAAUGCAGAGCUUGAUACUGUCACUUUCAACGUUGAAACCGCAACUUCUGAGGGACAAGUAUCUAUGAUAACUGUAACAGAUGUUUGUGACGAAGAAUUUUUUAAUAAUACUGAAAUUCCAACUGAUGUAUCACAAAUGGAUAUUAAAAGUUGUUCAACUCCAUUAUCACUUAAAUACCAAAGUAACUUAAGUAGUUCAAAUUUGUCUUUAGCAUCAACAAGUAGCUCUUAUUCAAUUACUUCGACACAAACAUCGUUACAAUUAUCAUCAGAUACCCCACGAAAACGUAAACUUAGGAAAAGUAUGAAAUGUAAAGAUGAUCAGUAUAAGGACUUACUUAAGCAAUUCACUGAAUUACAAAAAUCUGUAGAUAGAGCAAAACAUCCCACUAUUCAAGAUUUUCAUGAGUUAUGUGAUACAUUUUUAAGGCCUGGCAUCGCUAAUUUCGUUAAAUCACAACCUUCCUUAAAUAUAAAAUCAUCGAAAGGUUUCCGGUAUUCUAAUUCAGUGAAACAAUUUGCACUUAAAAUACAUUUUCUUGGGCCUAAAGUAUAUCGUUUAAUAAAAACAACUUUUAAUUUGCCAAGUAUAAGAACUUUACAAAGAGUCACUGAACGUUGGGAAAUAAAUCCUGGUUUCAGUGACUUGGUGUUCAAAGUGUUAACUUUAAAAGGUAGUACCAUGUCUGCAAAGAGUAAGGAAUGUGUUUUAUGUGUAGAUGAGAUGUCUAUUAAAGCUUUUCUUUAUUAUAACACUGUUAAAGAUACAAUUAUUGGAUUCCAUAACACUGGCUCCAUCAAAACACAUGAGCUAGCUAGGUCAGUAAUGGUAAUUAUGAUUCGUGGCUUGCAUGAUACUUGGAAGCUGCCUCUAUGUUACUUUUUUGUUGCGUCUAAUUGUUCUGGUUAUGAUUUGCAAAGUAUAAUUUUUAACUGUAUUCAAAAAUUAUCCAGUAUUUCUUUUAAUGUUAAAGUAAUGAUUUCGGAUUUAGGGUCCAAUUUUAAAAAAUUUGCUGAUCAACAAGGUAUUACACCAGAAACCCCUUAUUUUAAUGUAUCAGGAAAAGAGGUUGUUUUUAUGUUCGAUCCUCCUCAUUUACUUAAAGCAACUAGAAAUAACUUUUUCAACUAUAAAUUUGAAUGUAAUAAUAAAAUUGCAGAAAAAGUUCAUUUAGAAAAGUUCUAUUCAGCAGAUAAGACCCGAAAUAUUCGUUUAGCACCUAAAUUAACUGAUAUUCAUCUUAAUCCAAAUUCAUUUCAGAAAAUGAAAGUUAAAUUUGCUUCCCAAGUAUUUAGCAAAACUGUAGCUGCUGGAAUGGAAACUUGUAUGUUGACUGGUGACUUAUCAGCUGAAGCUAUUCACACAAUUGAUUUUAUUAAUUCCAUGGAUAAUCUUUUUGAUAUAUUCAAUUCUCGACCAAAUUCAACUGAAAUAAAUAUUGAGGAAGAACCAUCCAAUUCCAAAUGUUUUUGUCUACCUUUUACUGGUGCUGAUUUUCAAGUAGAAUUCCUAAAAUCAAUGUUUGAAUAUUUUAAGUGUUUAACUGUUAAACGUUAUAACACAGUUAAAAAUGAAUGGGUAGUUAUUAAUAAAAGUUUUAACAUAAAAUUCAUUAAUGGAUGGUUAGUAUCAAUAGCAGGCUUAUUAAGACUUUUUCAAAAUUUACAAAAAGAACAUCCUAGAGAUUUAGUACUAUUUACUUAUAGAACUAAUCAAGAUUGUCUUGAAAACUUUUUUGGAACUUCACGUAUGCAAAAUGGAAAUUGUAUUAAUCCAACUCCCAUUCAAUUCCAACGUACUUUUAAAAAACUUUUUUCCUUAAAUGUUUUUGAACACUCUGAAGGAGCUAAUUGUAUAGCUGAUUUAGAUGAAAUUUUAACAACCAUUAAUGAUAUACCAUCUGUUGAUUUAGAAGCACUUUUUCCAGAAAAAAAUCCAAUUGUGUUGAAAGCUUUACCUGUUGAGGGAUCAAGUUAUAAAAUACUCGAACUACCUGAACAAAAUGCCUUAGCCUAUGUUUGUGGAUAUUUAAUAAGUAAAUGUAUUGCAGUACAUAAUUGUGACACUUGUCUCAAUUUUGGAAAGGCCACUACAAAUUUAACAAGUGAAACGUUUUAUUGUUUGUUAAAAAAUUAUGAACAAGAUACUUCAUCAGUUUUUGGUAAAUUCAUGAUGCCUGACUCUAGUUUUUACCAAUAUAUUUUUACUCUGGAAUCAAUUUUUGAUCAAAAUUUUACUUCCUUUGCUGCAAGACCAAAUGUUGGUCAACAACUUCGUUCUCUUAUGAACGAUGUUUAUUUGAUUCAUCCUUGUGAAAAUUUCCCUAGAACAUAUCUUAUUAAUUUAUACCUAAGGUUUAAAAUUUUCAGUACUCUAAAUAGAACAAACAAAAGUAUUAAGUCAUUAGGUACAGGUAGUCGAAGUAGAAAAUUACAAAUAUUAUCCAAUAUGUGA